GUUUCGAACAAUCUUCACACCUGUCACUUCAUAGACAAAACAAAUCAAACAUGUACAAAAUUCAUUACAAAAUAAUCUAGUUGUGGGGGUCAUGAGUGGCGGUAAAAAUGGAAUUAACUAUGAGCUCCAAAAGCCAUAUCCACUUCGAGGCCACCGAGAUGGAGAACGAUUGGAUGCGUUUCAAUAUCGAUAUUUCGGAGGAAGUGCGAUAUCAUCAUCACCAAAAGGCUGAAAUUAGUCGCAAUCCUGGUGGUGGGCUGGGGAAUCGACUCAAGGAGAGUGCCAAGUCGUUUGAAGAACCCAAUAAGUUUUAUGCCCAAAGUCAUGAUAUUUUGCAGAGCGACCGCAAAGGAAGUAUCCUUAAAAACGAUCGUCAUAGAGAGUACACCAAAAGCCGUAAGCACUUUCAUCAUCGAGCUUAUAAGACAGCCAGGCAGCGGGAUGACUCUCCUGAAGUGAAUGGCAACUGGUAUGAAACCCCGAAACAUGAAUUUAAUAAUUCAGAGAGCGCAUAUGACAGACAUUAUCCACCCCCACCCGAACCGCAACGCGAAUGGAUAAGGGAGAGAGGAUACGAACCAGACUUAAGGCCAGGCAUCAAAGCUCAGGCAUAUGCCUAUCCCGAAUAUGCGUACCAUGUCCAUGAGUACUACCAGAAUGUACCCAGGCAGUACCACGAACCACGCUGUCGACCUCAACCCAAUAAUGACCAUUUAUCGUUCGCUGAAGUUCCGCCAGUAGCACCUCUCAUAUCGCCAUCUUAUAGAGACUUUAAUCAUUACUCGGAGGCCCCAUCUCAGGAUGUAUUCAGUGGAGAGUAUUUAGUGUCAAGGCCAAGCAUUCCCAUCUACAGACAACCAUGGGAGCGGCAGAAACAAAUCAAGGGGACGGUGCCACCCGAACGUACAUCGACCCACAAUUCCCCGGGCUAUUAUUAUUCGAACUCUUACCACGACUUCAAGAAAUAUAGAAAAUUAAAUGGAAACAGUAAUUACAAGGAUCAAGCAGAAGGUGGCACCCCCAGAGAGUUUUCAGACUACGAUUAUUAUGAUGCACGAGCGCACCCUCCAAGCAAACCUUCCUCUAAAGGUGCCACCAAAAAUUAUAAGGCUUCCACAAAAUCUGAUAAAUAUAACAAGGCUGAGGCGGAUCCUAAGGACGAAUUUGGAUGUGUGCACGUUAAUUCUUCGGAAGCUAUGCCUGAGCAAUAUGAAAGCGUUCGCUACCAGAAAAGGAAUGCUUCUCCGAAAAAAGAAAAAAUGCAUGAAGAAAGGUGUCCGUUUUUGAAGGAAGAUAUUCCUCACCGAAAACCUUAUUAUGCUGACAAGAAAAAACACCAAAUUGGCAGAGAAACUUCCUCCCAGCAAUACCAUUCUUUUGCCAACAUUCCUCAGCCACUCAAGUACCCCCGAGAUUAUUCAUCAAAUCUUAAAAAAUCGAAAAAUAAAACUUCUCAUAUUCCGAAAAGAGCGGUGGAACAUGUCAAGUCUAAAUAUAACGUUGAUGGUUCGGAAAUACCCCGUAAAAUUAUAAAAUACCACAGGACUGAUGUACACCUAUCUCCUGUCGAAAUACCUUAUGGAAGGAGACAACGGAUUCCUCAUACAAAUAAAUCAGCGCCCAAAAGCCUGGAUGCAGGCUGCGAUACUUUGCUGUCGACAUCUGCCUCCGAUAUAACUGUAGGCAAAGGAUCAAACCUCUCACUUGAUCCUCACAGUCACGCUUUCAAUAAAUACAACAAGGAAGAUGGAAGACACCCAGACGGCAAAGCAUUAAAGGAUGGAAUUUCUGGUUUGGUGAAGAAAUCUAAAGUUUGCCUUAAUAGAUCCAAACUUUGUAAAAGCAAAUCUCUGCUACUAAAGGGCUACAAGCCGGUUAAUUGCUUCAAGUUUUCCUCCAUGGGGUGUGGAAUUUCCACGAAAAACGAGAGGCAGCCUCGACAGGAGAGAUCUUACUCCGGAGCUGAACAAAACUGUUCGCGGAGAAAUAACGAGUGCCGCUACCCCACCAUGUAUAGAGGCCAGGGCCAGGAAAAUCCACAUGAAGCUGAUGGAAGAAAAUAUCACGAAUAUUCAAUGUUCAAUGUACACAACACCAGUGAACGCAGCAGGGCAAAUACCGCUCAGCAGCCUGUGCAGUGUGGAGCCUAUGAUUAUAACCCCGAUGAGUGCAGCGUAUGCGACAGAUACCUCAGAAGUAGCGACAAUUGUAGCGCAAACUCUGUGGACAAUUGUAGCGAAAACUUUAGCGACAGCAGCAGCGACAACUGUGGCAAUAAUUGUAGUGACUACAGUAGCGAUAACUGUAGCGACGACUACAGCAACAACUGCAGGGACUCUUACAGCGACAAAUCAAAUCACUUUCGCAAUACUUGCAACUGCCACGAUAAUGAGUUCAAGGAAGCGUUUGAUCCCGUGCAGCCCAGUCAAAUAAAUAUCUGCCUGACCAUACGCACAGCGGAUGCAAGCCUGGCGGAACCACCGAGAGUAACAUCAUCUGAGACCAAGUGUCAUGGAAAGAAUACUGCUGCAUGCACCAUGAAGUCCCAGCCCACCCAGACAUGUCGCAAAUGCCACACAGGAUGCGCUACCCCGUCUCAUUGGGACACACCACGAAGCAGUUGCGGGGAAAACCGCUUUAAAAAUGUCAGAAUCCAACGUCCGAGAACAUGCGGAUCGCGAAAUCAAUCGAAACAUUUUCCUGACAAGUACCACAGAAAGGAAGCCCCCAUCCGUACUGCCACAAUGAAUAGAACAGUUCAUCCUUGUAACAUGGAAGGCAAAAUGUCAAGGCCCUCUCUUCAAAGAAGGCACGGACGAAGCAGCUGUGAUGUGAGUGCGGAUAAAAAGCAGCCCCUUCGGCCAACUAUAAGACCUUGCAUUCAAGUGCAAGCAAGAUCAAAGCAGAAAAGGGUUGUGUUGAACACGAAUUGUGUGUCUCAAGGAACCCUAGUGCAAUCGGAUAAAUCAGAAUCGAAGAGAGCCAGGCAUAGUGCGCCGAGCUCCAUCGACCAUCGACAUCCAAAGAGCUGCAACACAACCCCGUCCAAUGGAAGUUGUUCAGGUCGGAACACUAGGCCGUACUGUACUGCCAAAAGUGUACACAAGAAUUCCACAACAAGCUUGAGUAGUAGUUAAAGUAGAAAGAGCUCAAGUUGUG